AUGGGUUGCUGUGGUUGUGGAAGUUGUGGUGGCUGUGGUGGCCGCUGCGGUGGUGGCUGUGGUGGUGGCUGCGGUGGUGGCUGCGGUGGUGGCUGUGGCAGCUGCACCACUUGCAGGUGCUACCGGGUGGGCUGCUGCUCCAGCUGCUGCCCCUGCUGCCGCGGCUGCUGUGGGGGCUGCUGCAGCACUCCCGUGAUCUGCUAUUGCCGCCGCACCUGCGGCUCGUGUGGCUGUGGCUAUGGGAAGGGCUGUUGCCAGCAGAAAUGCUGCUGCCAGAAGCAAUGCUGCUGCUAGGCGGGCCCCCGGCCUCUGGGCAGGGGCUGCA